AGAGCAGCGGCGGGGGAGCGCGGGUGGAGCCCCCGGGGGAGCCCCCGCGGAGCGCCCCCCCGGCCCCCGGGCGGUCGCCACCAUGGUGCAGAAAUCCCGCAACGGAGGCGUUUACCCGGGGCCCGCCGCCGAGAAGAAGCUCAAGGUGGGCUUCGUGGGCUUGGAUCCCGGAGCUCCGGACUCCAGCCGGGACGGGGCGCUCCUCAUCGCCGGCUCCGAGAGCACCAAGCGGGGCAGCAUCCUCAGCAAGCCCCGCUCCGGGGUGUCGGGGAGCGGCAAGCCCCCAAAAAGGAAUGCCUUUUACCGCAAGCUGCAGAAUUUCCUCUACAACGUGCUGGAGAGACCGCGGGGCUGGGCUUUCAUUUACCACGCAUACGUUUUCCUACUAGUUUUCUCCUGCCUGGUGCUGUCUGUCUUUUCAACCAUCGAUGAGUACCAGAACAGCUCGGAAGGGGCCCUUUAUAUUCUGGAAAUCGUCACCAUCGUGGUGUUUGGGGUCGAGUACUUUGUAAGGAUCUGGGCGGCUGGCUGCUGCUGCCGGUACCGGGGCUGGAGGGGGAGGUUAAAAUUUGCCCGCAAGCCUUUCUGCGUCAUCGACAUUAUGGUGCUGAUCGCGUCCAUCGCCGUGCUGGCAGCGGGGUCCCAAGGGAACGUCUUUGCCACCUCGGCGCUCAGGAGUUUGAGGUUCCUGCAGAUCCUGCGCAUGAUCCGCAUGGACCGGCGCGGCGGCACCUGGAAGCUGCUGGGCUCCGUGGUCUACGCACACAGCAAGGAGCUGAUUACUGCCUGGUAUAUUGGCUUCCUGUGCCUCAUUCUGGCCUCUUUCCUGGUAUACUUGGCCGAGAAAGGAGAAAAUGAGCACUUUGAUACAUACGCAGAUGCACUCUGGUGGGGUCUGAUCACCCUCACCACCAUCGGCUACGGGGACAAGUACCCCCAGACCUGGAAUGGGCGGUUGCUGGCGGCGACCUUCACCCUCAUCGGCGUCUCCUUCUUCGCCCUCCCGGCCGGCAUUUUAGGCUCAGGGUUUGCUCUGAAGGUUCAAGAGCAGCAUCGGCAAAAACACUUCGAGAAGAGGCGGAACCCAGCAGCGGGCCUGAUUCAGGCGGCUUGGAGGUUUUACGCCACCAACCUGUCCCGGACAGACCUGCACUCCACCUGGCAGUACUACGAGCGCACCGUCACCGUCCCCAUGUACAGCACGCAAACGCAAACGUACGGUGCCUCCAGACUCAUCCCACCUCUGAACCAGCUGGAGCUCCUGAGGAACCUGAAGAGCAAAUCGGGACUAACAUUCAGGAAAGAGCAGCAGCCCGAACCAUCGCCAAGUCAGAAGGUCAGUUUGAAAGAUCGUGUCUUCUCCAGUCCCCGCGGUGCUGGCACCAAAGGGAAAGGCUCUCCACAGGCUCAGGGCAUCCGGAGGUCCCCCAGCGCUGACCAGAGCAUCGAGGACAGCCCGAGCAAGGUGCCCAAGAGCUGGAGUUUCGGAGACCGCAGCCGAGCCCGGCAGGCUUUCCGCAUCAAGGGAGCUGCGUCGCGGCAAAACUCAGAAGAAGCAAGCCUCCCCGGAGAAGACAUUCCCGACGAAAACAAAAGCUGCAACUGUGAGUUUGUGACGGAAGAUUUAACGCCAGGACUGAAAGUCAGCAUCAGGGCAGUGUGCAUUAUGCGAUUUCUCGUCUCCAAGCGCAAGUUUAAGGAGAGCCUUCGGCCCUACGACGUGAUGGACGUCAUCGAGCAGUACUCAGCCGGUCACCUGGACAUGCUCUCCCGGAUUAAAAACCUUCAGUCCAGGAUAGAUAUGAUUGUGGGUCCCCCGCCCCCUUCAACUCCCCGGCAUAAGAAGUAUCCAACCAAAGGACCCAUGUAUUCUUCCAAAGAAUCUCCCCAAUACUCGCCUAGAGUUGACCAGAUCGUUGGGAGAGGAUCCUCCAUGACCGACAAGGAUCGGACCAAAGGGCCAGCCGAAGGAGAGAUGCCCGAAGACCCCAGCAUGAUGGGCAGGCUUGGAAAAGUUGAAAAACAGGUUCAGUCGAUGGAGAAGAAGCUGGACUUCCUGGUGAACAUCUAUAUGCAGAGGAUGGGCAUCCCACCAACGGAGACGGAGGCCUAUUUUGGGUCCAAAGAACCCGACCCGGCACCUCCCUACCACAGCCCCGAAGACAGCAGGGAGCACAUUGACAAGAACGGCUGCAUCAUCAAGAUCAUCAGGUCCACCAGCUCCAUGGGUCAGAAGAACUUCUCUGCCCCGCCGGCCCCGACCAACACGUGCCCGCCCUCGACCUCGUGCCAGCAGCAGGCCUACCAGCGGCAGUGCCACGGCUCCUCGCCCGUCGGAGACCCCGGCUCGCUCGUCCGCAUCCCGCCACCACCCUCCCACGAGCGCUCCUUGUCAGCCUACAGCGGUGGGCACAGGGCGAGCGCGGAGUACCUGCGGAACGAAGACAUUACAACCAAACACCACGAGAGUGCCCUGAGAGACAGCGACACCUCCAUCUCCAUCCCCUCGGUAGACCACGAGGAACUGGAGCGCUCUUUCAGCGGCUUUAGCAUUUCCCAGUCCAAAGAGAAUUUGGACAUCCUUAACAACGGUUGCUAUGCAGCCGUGGCCAAAAUCAGACCCUACAUCGCAGAAGGGGAAUCGGACACCGAUUCUGACCUCUGCACGCCCUGCGGGCCUCCUCCCAGGUCAGCCACGGGCGAGGGACCCUUCAGUGACAUGGGCUGGUCAGCCCCCCGCCAGUGAGGCCUCCUCGCAGCCGCCGAGCCACGUCCGAGCACCGGCAGCUGCCCGCUCCGGCUGUCCACACGUCGAACUUCUCAAGGAGAUAGACAGCUAAGGGUUUCCUCCAUCUAGGACAUCCUUAGCUGGCGGAGACUUUCUUGCAGCUUACUCUGGGGGGGUUAUGAGCAGGUCCAAGCCUGCAGUUGUGGAAGAGGUGACGGUGGUGAGCGAACUGGAGCCGGGAAGUCCGGAUUUCUUUCAUAUGCUCUUUCUGAGAUCAUUAGGUGAAAUAAUUUCAUGGUGCAGGAUAGGCAAUUUGCAUUUCUUGGGAAUUUUCAGAGAUGCAGGGCAGGAAUAAAUCACCCGGUCAGGGCUUUUGGAGGUCGCAGUGACUGGUGGCUGACCAGUGUUAUGUGGGAAUUGUCAUCCCAUGGCACUGGUGAUGACACCUUUAGGUAUUUUGGAGUCGUGGAAUGAACAUUUGUCUGUUUCUGGCUUAGACUUCAGGUCGCUUGAAAAUUACUGGGGUGUUUUUAUUCUGUGGUUCCUCACUGACCAUCAGGCAGGUGGUAUAAUUCCAAUAUAAUACAUGGAAAUGUUGCGUAGGCCCCUUGAGGAGAGGGAUAGGGGCUGGAAUAUUUGCAUGAUCAGAAGACACGGCCUCAGAGCGGGACAGGUUCUGAACCAGAAUGGUUUGGAAAUUGUCCUUGUCAAACAGCUUAGGAAACUGAAAAACUCAGAAAUAAGAGCUUGCAUGCUCAUAUUUCAUACAUAUUUCUGAGAAAACCCAGAGAGCAGAGAAAUGAGACAGAGGACAAGAGACUAUGUGGCUGGAAUUUUGUAUUUUAAACCAUGUAUUAUAUUUAAUUAUCUCUCCUCCUGUUGACAUGACCUGGAGAUGCUUUGGAAGCAAAGGCAAAUCAAAGACAACCCCUCUGGAGGGCUGCCGUGAUGUGGAGCCGUUCUCAUGGCCAGCAGUGCUGUGCUGGAGUCCCAGCAGCACCAGCCCGAAAGGAGAGGGUGGAUAUGCAAGAUGCUGUGGUCCCCGCAUUGCUGCGAGUUACGUGCUGAGCUCCAUCCUUUUGAAGCCCUGUUGGCCAGAGUUGGGCCCUUUUCUUAAAGUUUGCAUUGUGCCUGAACACUUUUGCACACACUAAGCCCCAUGAAAAUCUUCCCCUUCCUCUUCUGCCCUGCCACGAAUCACACACCCAUGUCCUCUGGACAUCGUUGGGUUGUUUGGAUCCCUCAAGCCGAGUUAAGAGGUACUUCUUCAUUUCUUCAAGAUCUUUCAGAAGCCUCUUCUCUGUGUGUGCCCACAAGUUGUGCCAAUCCAAGUCUGUCCCAUUUUGCUGGUUUUGUUUGUCUUGGAAAGGCCAUUGUGUUGCUAUCAGGAACCUCAGCAGUGCAUUCAGCUGGGGGAAGGCAAGGGGAAAAGUGAUGCUCAGAGUUGCUUUUGGGACCAAAACAAAGCCACCAAGUGAUCCUUUACAUGGAUAGAGAUUUUUUAUUUUUUAUUUUUUUUGCAAGGGGAUGGAUCAGACAAAGUGUAUUGUGGGAUCCAUCUCCAAGGCUGGGACACCAUGGCCAGUGUUGUGCCUCUGAACCCUCCCGUGCACCUACAGCCCAAAUCCCAUGUGUGUUUUCUGCAAGAGUCAGGGCUGUAUCUGCAAUUUCAAACCCCAUCUCUCCCGUGUGUACCAAAAGCUUGUUAAGGAUAUUUAGGUGACAGCUUCAUUUCUGCAUGGCCUUUGAGAGGCUGAACUUGUUUGGGCAGAAAGGAGAAUCACAGCCUUCUCUCCUCCCGUUUGUUUAGCAGCAACCAGGGGAGACCCAGGACUAUUUUGGCCCUAGAGAAGGUAUGGGAGCAGUAUGAGAGCUUGCAGACGGGAAAUAAAACCAUCCUUUUGCUAGUGCUCAGGCCUAACACACAGGUCUUCACAUGGGAUUGAGGAGUGGGGAAAGGCUCUGCACAAUUUUUUCUGCCAUUUUUUGUCAUUCAGAGGGGAAAAACAUUUUUCUUAGAGGGAACUUUGAUUUCCAGCCUUGCUAUUUCCCUCCCUUCCAACUUGAUCCUUUUCCUUCUGCAGUUUUUCCCUCUCUGAUUUUGUUCCCAGACUCCUUUUGGCUCUGGAUUUCUUUGUGCAAAGUGAACCCAGUGAUGUCCUUGACUCCAGUACUGAGACCUUUCGUCUUUGAGAACAAAAUGGCUGUAAAUUGUGCAGAUUUGCCCUUGGCAUGUUGCAAAAUUAGAUACCUUCUGGUAGAACAAGAAAUGUCAGCAGGUCCCACAUCAGACUUGGAGGCAUGUCUUUUCUAGUGACCACAAGAACAGAAAUGGCACUGGGUGAGGCAAAAAUCAACAUUGGUCCAGCCUGCCUGCUCGCUGUGAAUUUUCUCUAAAUCAGAGAUUACAAACAUCUGUUAUCUCAUUUUAUUUUAUUUUAUUUUAUUUUAUUUUAUUUUAUUUUAUUUUUUAUAUUUUUGCAACUACUUUUUAAGGCCUGCUGGAAAUUUGGCACAUAAGUGUACAACAUAAAGGCAGAAGCUGCAGAUGAGGAUGAGGAUGAGGAUGAGGAUGGUGUUGUGCCAUCCUAUUACCAUGAAGGUAAAUGCCUUGUCUUUAAUAUAAGAGGCAAAGUCAACAGGACAUGAAGGCACAAUAUCUGUGGGAUAUAAUUUUCAUCAUGUCCGAAAUUUGAAGCUUUAUUGGCUCUAUUUUGAAUGUGCAUUUCCCAGUUCUUACUGCAAUACCCUUUUCUCUUGCCCAGCUGAUGUUACACCCUUGAACACAUAUAAUGCCAGUGUGUCCUGAGAAGCAGUUCCACUGUGUCCUCCGAGUCUUCCACAUGCUGAAAUCUGUCUAUCUUUUGCCUCCUUUAGGGACUGCAUAGGAAGAAUUGUGUUUUCCCUCUUCAAGUAAGUUACUACACUAAAGUUUAUAAAGAUCUCCUGACCUGUAGCUUUAAAAAGGUGUUAGAUUUGUCCCACAUGAUAACAGAAAAUGGGUUUUACAUCUGUGCAGCACAGAUUGCAUCUUGCUGCUAAAAAUUGCGUAGAGAAUUGUUUGGAAGAGAUAAGCAAUAUUGCACCCUUAUCCACAGCAUCAUUUCAAAGAAAUUCUGACCCCCCCUGCCCCAUCCACAGCCAUGCCAUAAAUCACUACUUCUUAUUCAUCCAGGCAAAAAGGCUUGACCUGGAUUUUUGGGUUAAAUUAUACCAGAAUUAAUUCGUGCCUGUGUGAAUAGGAGCAGAGCCUGCUCUAACUAAAGAUUUUGUUCCUUAUCAACAAAAGUCAUUUUAUUCCUGCUCUAAAUCAUAGUCCAAUACUCCCUGCAAAAUCUUCACUUUCAGUCCCUCAAUUUCCCCAUGUCCAUAUCACACACUCCUGGCGAUAAUCUCCCUCCCAAAAGUCUUAACCACUAGCUUAGAAGAAAAUAGUUUGUUUAUGUUUUGCUAAUAAGGCAGUUCCGGUGAUAAAGACCUUUAAAAAGAUGUGCAGGCCAACUUUGUCCUUCUACUGAGCCUCUCUUGGGCUGGUCUUUGCUCCCCUGUUCCUGCCGUGUCUGUUCCCUAUUUUUUGGCAGACAGUGAAGGACCAAAACAAGUUUUAGACAUGCCAAGUGUGGACACAGGAGAGCUGAAGAACACGUGAAGGCCAAAUUUCCAGCAGGCCGUCUUGAACUGCUCCAGGGGUGUCGGUGCCCGCAUGUGCACAGAGCCUGCUUUCGAAAUGCAGGAGGUGAAGCUGUGGCCUUGAACCAGAGCCCAGAAUCUGGUCUCCGAGAAACUUCUGGACUUUUUUUUUUCAAAAUCUGGGUCUGGGUAAAAUACUACAGACUACCCUGCCUGUGGGAUGGGGCAACCCCUGAGACCGGGACCUGAAGUCCCAGUCAGUUUUUGGGUGCUUCAAGUCCAAGCGUGAGUUCAAGUUGUCUGAGGAGGUCGUGUCUCUGAAGAGGAGAUGUGGCCAGAGAUGUUGCAAGCUCUGUGCAGGUGGCCUUUCAUAACGUGACCCUGAGACAUGAGAACAAAGCACUAGCCAUAAGUCAAAUUUCCCAACAUUUGGGAAGAGACUUUAAUGUUACUCAAGUGCAGAUUUUGUAUGUGAAUUUCCUUGUUGACUCAUUUUCUUAUUAGUAAUUUUUAAAACAGAUAUAUCAAGGAACUCAUUGAAAAAAAACUCUUGUUCAGCUCAGAAAGCCAUUACUUUUCUUUAGACAGACUAUGCGACAGAUCAGGUUUUCUAAAAAUGUAUUUUGUUUCAAACGCUGCUUAAUAAAUCCAGUUAAAUCCUGCAGGGCCGUUGCUAUUUACAGAUAAAUAGGUCUAUUUUUACACUUUUAAUUGAUUUUUAAGAUUUUAAAUUAUGUGAAUUUUUAGAACAAGUUUGUAUAAUCUACCUGAGAAGCCAGAGUAUCACUGCAGAUACAAGUGCUCCCCUUCCUAACAGUUACCCAAGAGAAAGGAAAAACAUAUUUGCUCAUAUAUUUCUCAGGAGGGAGCUACUGCAAACCUCAUUUCCCUUAUAUCCUCAGGCCAUUAUGACCACAGCAACAUUAUUGUUAAAAACAAAAUAAAGUAUUAAAAGAGAUACUGAAGUUUCUGUCCUGAAGAGGCCAGAGGAAGAAAUCCAAGGUUAGGUUGAAUCAGCAGGUACCCACGGGCACAGCCACCCCAUCGGGGCCAGCCAGGCUCCAGAUGGGUGUUCAGAUGGUGGUGUGAAGUAGGAUUUUCUUAUUUCUCACCCAGAAAGGCUUCCUCUUGCCUGAACAGCAACUGCUAUGGCCUUGUGAAAAAUUCAUCUUACAGGAGAGCAGGAGAUGAUACUGGCUUGUUUCAGGACUCCCCUAAGAAGAAAUUCCUUAGGAAUAUAUAUGAGUUAUCCCAUAUAAAUACCUGUAGUGUCGAGAAUUUUAUCAAGAUCCCAUUACAAAGCCCAGGAGCAGGCUGAGUCUUUCUGUUUCUCCAUCCACGCUCGUGUGAGCCUUCAGGUUGAGCGAGCCACUCGCCUCUGUCCUUUCCUCCUUGUGCCAGCAGUGCUCCAAGCCUCGACCGUGUGCACUCUUCCUCCUGCACCCGCUCCCUCUUUUGGGUCAGCAUUUUCUGUUUUGGUCAGCUUCCUUUCCAUGAACCAGGAACAAGGAAAUCAGAUACAAAAGCUCCUUCACCUGCACGUAACAUUGAGGCUGCGACAUGGAGGGAUGUGGCAUGGCAGUGUAAAAGCAAACUCUUGCUUUUAGCACACAAACUUUUCUGCGUCGCAGCGCAAAAGCUGCUUAGGGCAAGGCUGUGGGUUGGUUGGUUUUUUUAACAAUAACAAUAGGGGUUUUUAAAUAAUAAUGAUAAUAAUAAUGCAUAGGAAUCUUCUUUAGUAUAUCCUUAGUGUUUGAUGCCCCAGUGACACAAUACUGCUUGCCUUAUAUUAGUGUCUAGAGGGAGAGGGAUUACACAUGUUUUGAUACAGUAUUAAUCACGCUUGUAAUUUAGGUAGCAGCAAGGAGCGGCUGCUGCAGGAGGAGCAGCCGGGUCCUUUUUAAUGUAUGAAUGUGCUUUCCAGACUAUCUCACUGACUGUACUCUCAAUUUUGCCUGCUACUGCAUGCAGCCUGAGAUGAGUAGACAGCAAUACGCUCCAGCUGUAUCUGCACUCCCAGAUUGCUGUAGUACCUGAAGAAGUCACAUUGCCAAAAGUAUCACUUUGGGGAGAGGCCAUCCUCCCAGAGACCCAUCACGUAGGGUGCUGCGGUGCUUCUGUAGGUAACACUGAUAUACCAAGUGUCUUUCAUGCUGCGACCGAUCAUUGUCCCGUCGCUCUGAUACAGCAUGCACAAACUCCACUUCUACUACUUGUUAAUAAGGGGUAAAAACCACGUUUGUCGCCUGUGGUUCAUUGAAAUGUGUACAUGGGGAUAAAAUAAGAAAAUAAUGUGAGUUGCAUUGACUGCACAUAACAAGCUCCUUUCCUCCCAGAUGCCUCGGAAGAAGAGCAUCUCAGAUACACUUUCUCAAGAGGCUGGAGGAGCAGGGAGAGCAGCGCAGGCAAUGCCAAGGGCAGAGACCUGGCCUUCAUUUAAGAGGUGCCAUUUGAUCCCACACAUUUGGGACUUGCCAUAUUUCUAAUUCCCAUAGGGCUCUCUCACCUGCACCCAGCCCUGGUGUACGUGUGCAUUUGUGCCCACAGCCCAGUCUAAGGGGCAGGGGGAUGUGACUCCCAGACUUUGGAAACCCUCUUUGGAGAUUUUAUCGAUGCUUGUCUACAGCACUCGGGGAUCUUGGGGACCCUGCAGCUGUGCCAUAUCCGUACUUCAUGGAAGCAUCUCUUCCUCUCCUUGUGGAGGGGCACUGAGCUGCCUCCCUGUUGCCAUAAAAGUUUUGCCACUCUUCUCCCCGCUGUGUUAGCAGACUCACAAGGCCUUCAGGGUUUGCCCACAUUGCUGUUGUUGCAGUCUUUUGUGUCCCUUGUGCUGCUGCUGCAAUCUAGUUUGACACUGGUCCUGUGUCCUCACCUUCCUUGUCCAGACCAUGUACAAGCGAACAUGUAAUGCCAGAACUCUGCUCCGAGGCUUUCUUUCAGCCUGGCAUCUCUAGAUGCCCCAGAAAGUCUUUAUGUCUUGUUAGCAUGGCAGUUUUGUUUUUUUCUUGGCAAUUUAUUUGCUUCCCUGUUGAGCCACCAUGGCCUCAACACAUCCCUGGUUUGUUCUGCUGGAGCCUCCAGCGCAGGGAUGGAUGGGGUCUGUUUUGCCCCUCUGUACAGCACCUUGUCAGGGUUUGUCCCUUUGGCUAGAGACAAUUACAAUGAAGUAGGGAUGGGGGUUGAGUUCUGGUUUUCAUGCCAAGUUGAACAUUUCAGAGAAGAGCUCACAGACUAACAGUGUCGAUGCUUUUGGUCCCUGAAGCAAGAGCUGCCGUCCAGACCCUGGUCUCCUUCAGCAGUGCAUGUGUGUGGCUUUGCCUGCCACGCUCCAGCUUGGUGAGAGGGAGAUACAGAAAGCAGCUAGUCCAAGCUGUGCUAUUUCCAAAGCUGCCAGCGAACCUGAGAGCAUCUUCCCUUCUGAUUUCUGUAAAUACAGCCUCAGAUUAAUUGUUCAAGCAGCAUCUCUUUGCCUAGUCCUGAGAAACUUGAGCUAACUGCAGCUACAAAGCUUUCAGAAACUCAGUGCCAAGCUCAGGCUAGAUUUCACCUGCAGCUAUGCCUAUAACAUUAGGGCAGGGCUAAUGGUUUCAGGUACAAACCAUGCCAAACUCUAUUUGAGAUGGUUCUGGCCCAAAACUAGAGCUGAAUGUCACGCUGCCGGUGAAGCCUCCCCUGGAAUUUCAUCUCCAUUUGACAUUGCUGACUGUGGACGCGGGGGUAAGCUCCCUCCUUCCCACUGCACACAAGAAAAGGCUGGCACAAACCUCAAAAGCCCAGAUGAGAAAAUCCCUCCACAUUUUAGCAUGCCAUGGGCACUUCCCAUUAGUAGAAGCAGCAUUUCACUGUAACACACAAUGAGCAUGACCCGGUAUUUCACAUGUGCAGUGAUGCUCAUGAAGAGCAUUUUUUUUACAGAUGGGAAUGCAGAGGGUUCAUUCCUCUAACAUCUCUGUAGACAUUGAGUUCAGUCCUUGCUGAUAGCCUGAAAAAGUCAUCAAAACUGGUGACAGGUCUCUUUUGUCCUGCCUGGCUACCCACACUGGUCCAGCACCUUCCUGGAGCUGAAGUUGCUCCUGUCAGCAGGCAGGACGUGGACCAUUCUGCACUGGUUACUUUUCCCCACUACCUGACCCCAUACCCUAAAUUCUGAAUUAGGAAUUUUCUUCCUUUUUUUUUUUUUUUUUUUCCUCCAAAAAAUCACAUACCUAUGUAGAGAACCUGAGACUUUCAGGAACAACAGAGGCAAAACAAGAUGCAGCUGAUAAUUAAUUAACUCAAGAGCAGAUUUUAAACAUAGUUGCAGUUGCUGCAAGCUAUAUCAAAUGCUUUAGGAGAUUCAAUAAAUUAUUCUCAUAAAUGUUUUAUUCUUUUAUCAGUAACUCCUAUAGGUGGGUGCCACUGUUCUUAUACAGCAAUGCCCCGUACACUAAAACUAUACUCCUGUUUCUCCAGUAUAGCCAUUGUAUUUAUGAAAUUUAUCUUGCUUGGUGUCAGUUUGGCACAGUAUCCACAUAUACUGCACACAUUGCACAUUACAUGCCAAAUGCUGAUAGGUAUCCUUACAUGAAUGAGCCUAUGUGUGUUGAAGAGACACCAAACAAAGCAUUACCUGCCUGUUUAGUGGUGUGACUUAACAUAACUGGGACAAGAGGAAAAUGUAGAUCCUGUUUUGUGAAGAAAUGCACUGCAUUUGAAUGCUUCUUUAACCAGAUUUUACCAGGAAGCUAAAAUAAACAAGAUUGUUUCUGCAAUGUUACUUAAAAACUACCGGAGCAAAACAAAAACACACAGCCCUAAAAUACUUAACUGCUGCAUUUCUAUAUAUUGUUCAUUGCUGUUCAUCUGAACUGUAAAUUCUGUACAGGUUGAAUGAAGUUCACAAUUCGCCAUAACUUGCAAGAUAAAAGGACAACGCGACUUUGGCUGCAAAAGCGUGCAUGCUGUUUGCACACAUGCACGUGCAUAUUGCUGUAUGUGUAGGUGUGUACAGACAUGCACAUACAAGCCUUAAGGCAGACAAUUUUGCAUCUAAGAUGCACAGGGGAAAAGUUCUUUCUUUGUUGGCGGGAGAGCGGGUAAAACCAAAUAAAAAACUUCUGAUAUAUUUGUUUAUGAAAAAGGAAGAUUCCGAUUGCCCCUAUACUGAGGUUUCACCAACCUCAUCAAAAGAUUCUCCCUCUAGGAUUUAAAUUUGCCCUUAUUUUCACAGAUACAAGAUUGGGUAGAAUUUUUCCUUCCGUGUUUAACCUAUAUCAGACAUAAGCAGGAAGAGCUAAUUUUUCCAGUUAAAUUCUGCUGAAUGCCACUCGAAAAAUGGUAAUCCGAUUCUUGCUUUAGCCUAAAAUUCAUCUCUAGUUCCAAAGUUAUCAAUUAUAAGAGCCAUUUAAGUCCUGAAUGUUUUUUUUUUUUCCUAAGCAAAUAAUAUGCUCCCUGCUGGAGUGUGCUUCUCUAAUAUUAUCACGGUUUAUAGCAGGAUCUGGCUCAUUUGGCUUUAACUGGGCUAGAAACGGUUCAUGCCCCUGUCCUGAUGAUGAGCUAAGAGGUGAAUUUUGGGCUGGGAUGGGCUGUUCUCGCGUGGCGUGAGUGCAGGUGCUGCACGCCCUCGCCUCCCGCUCGUAAAAAUCUCAGGCUCAGUUGAGCACUGAAAUUUGGUUGUCCUUUAGAAAGCAAAGGCAGCUGCUGCUUUGCUUCCUUUAAUUUGCUCUGUUGCCUUGGCUUUUUUUGCACUUUUGUUUCAUCUCCAAAGAAUCUCUCAUAAUGCCUUUGGUACUUAUGUACGAUUUUCAGACAUUUUGUAUGUAUUGAAUGGUACACACUUUCUCUUGUAAUAUAGCAAUCGGACUUUUUUUUUUUUGGUGAAUGUGUAAUUUCCUCUGUACAUUUCAAACAUGACUUUGUGCAAUGUACAUUUUAUAGGGACAGAUGCCAAGGGAAUGACCUGUAGUUUUCUAAGGGAACAGCUAGGAGCCGAAUGACACAGACAGAGAUGGUUUUACGUUAGCACUGUGGAAGAGCAACAUAUCCCAGACUUUUGCACAGAAGCACUGAGCACGACACAGAGUGUACCUUCACACGAAUGACUGUGGCAGCUGCAAAACUGUAUACGUGUGAUAGAAACAACAGCAACGGUGGCAAUCAGAAAGGAAAUGGAGGAAAAUUAAAUAAUCACACUCAUUAAUUUAAGCCUCAAAGCAUCAGAAUGGAAAAUUUGCAUUCAGUAAAAAUACUGAAUUAAUGAUUAAUGAUUUAACCUUCAUGAGAUGAAAUACACAUUUAUUUUUCUUUGCACUUC